AGUUCACACGAGACUGAUACCUUUUGCCUCCUCUGCUUUGGAUCAAUUGGUCGCAGAUCAGGCUAUUGUUGCAGGAAGCUGCUUUUAUUUCUAUGCUCCGUCGAUCAACUAUUUUCCCCACAGUCUCUUGCCGAAAUUCAGUGGGUGCCUCUCUCUUUCUCUCUCUCUCUCUGUCUCUCCCUCCUUCUGGCUCUCUGUCUCUCAUGCAUGCCGUCUGUCUAUCUGGAAACCCAAGGAGAAGGCUGAUCACGGCAGCUCCAUCUAAUACAAACAGCUGGGACUCUUCGGUGGCCUUUGCUGAUGUCUAUUGAUUUAAGUAAAUCUGAGACAGAUAAAAGGGCCGGAUCGAGGCUGAUAAAAACUUGCCGAUGCUUCGCGGCUCGAAACAGUGUGUGCUCUGCAACUUUGGAGUGCUGCUAGCAAGACGGCUUUAAUGGGACCCCUGGUGUCAUUCGCUCCGAGCCUCGAUCUCCCCAGCAGACUAAGCGCUGCGGCCAUCAUGCCACAAUGGUUAUAAUUUGGAUCUUGUUCCUGAGUUUGUUGCGGGAGCCCUGGUUCCCAGGGCGGGCCGCGGGGCUGCCCGGGGCCGCCGGAGCCUCCCCGAGCGACCCCCGGCCCCGCCGGGAUGCGGGGGGCCGCGGCGGCGUCUACGAGCACCUCGGGGGAGCGCCCAGGCGCAGGAAACUCUACUGUGCCACCAAGUACCAUCUCCAGAUCCACCCCAACGGCAAGAUCAACGGCACCCUGGAGAAAAACAGCGUCUUCAGUAUUCUUGAAAUAACUGCUGUUGAUGUUGGAAUCGUUGCCAUCAAGGGCUUGUUCUCUGGCAGAUACCUGGCCAUGAACAAAAGGGGCAGACUUUAUGCAUCAGAAAAUUAUAACGCAGAGUGUGAGUUCGUGGAGAGGAUCCAUGAAUUGGGUUAUAACACCUACGCGUCCCGUCUCUACCGGACUGUACCCAACAGAGCCGGCACCAAGCGCAAAGCCAGUGCGGAGAGACUCUGGUAUGUCUCAAUCAAUGGGAAAGGACGACCCAGAAGGGGCUUUAAAACUCGUAGGACACAGAAAUCGUCUCUCUUUCUGCCCAGAGUAUUGGAUAACAAAGACCAUGAAAUGGUCCGACUGUUCCACACAAAUGUGAAAUACCGAGAGAGUCUCCUGAAGCCCCCAAGCAAGAACCAGCGAAGAAGGAGAGGACGCUGAUGGGGAUGGGGGGAGCUUAUAUGGGGGCUGGAAGUGACUGAGAGUCUUCAAAAUACUACUAAAAAAACUAACAGCUGUGAUUGUAUGACAGGCAUUAACACGGACAUUUUUUAUACACUGUAUAAUAUAACUGAAAGUCACAUCACUUACUUCUAGCUAUUGUAGAAUUAUUAUCUGUGGUAAAAGAGAUGUGAGAUAAGGCACAUUCAAAUGUAAA